AUGACUGCACUAGCUUCAUUGUAUUUAGCAAUUGGUAAACUCGAAGCGUGCAACACUCAAUGUCAACUGAUUCUUAGCAUUGAUCGACAUAAUGAUGAGGCUACUUUGAUGAUGGCAGAUUUGUUGUAUCAGUCGAAUGAGGCCGAUAAAGCAACUGUACACUUCACGCAAUUAUUGGAUCGCAAUCCAAGUGAGUGCUGCUAA